GCAGUCACUGUCCAUCAGUGUAGUAAGAUGCAGUGGUAGCAUCUUAUCACACUUUUUAGCACUAUACCUUGCUAUUUUUUUCCCUGGUUGUCAUGGAGAUGGUUUAAUAUCAGUACAUGAAAAACUUUGUUCUUUUUUUAUGGCUAACUAGAAUUUCAUCAUAGAGCUCUAUACCAUAGUUUGCUAAGUAUGUUUUAGUAAGUCCACCAGACCUUGUUGAACUCGCUUCCUUAUUUGUAAAAAGGAGCUAGCUUCUACCUCUCAGAGCCUUGCAGGUUAAGAGAAAUAACAUCUUCAUUAGCACAGGGCUGGACUCAUGAGAGACACAGAAUGAACAUUAGUUUCUUCCCCUCUUUGUGGGUGAGACUUAAGUCUGAUUAGGCACAUGAUGAAAUCAUGUGCUCCUGAUGGUAAUUUAAAGUGCCUUUCCUCAUAAUGGCUUCGUGAAGGGGCUUAGUAUCCCAUGAGGCAGAAAUGGAGUCAAGUAGAACCAAAGCGACGGUCUUCCUGUCCCUUGAGUCUCCUAGAGAAGCAGAUGGCAGUGGGGAGAGGUACUCAGCACCUUGCUCCCUUCUCAGUACACACACACACCCGAUUUUUGUCUCCCGCAGCCUCGGGGAGCAGUACUACAAAGAUGCCAUGGAGCAGUGCCAUAAUUACAAUGCCCGCCUUUGUGCUGAGCGCAGCGUACGCCUGCCUUUCUUGGACUCGCAGACAGGAGUAGCCCAGAGCAACUGUUACAUCUGGAUGGAAAAGCGACACCGGGGUCCAGGAUUGGCCUCUGGGCAGCUAUACUCCUACCCAGCCCGGCGCUGGCGGAAAAAGCGGCGAGCACACCCUCCUGAGGAUCCGAGGCUUUCCUUCCCGUCUAUUAAGCCAGACACAGAGCAGACCCUGAAGAAGGAGGGGCUGAUCUCUCAGGAUGGCAGUAGUUUAGAGGCUCUAUUGCGCACCGACCCCCUGGAGAAGCGAGGCGCCCCAGAUCCCCGAGUUGAUGAUGACAGCCUGGGCGAGUUUCCUGUGACCAACAGUCGAGCACGGAAGCGGAUCCUAGAACCAGAUGACUUCCUGGAUGACCUUGAUGACGAGGACUAUGAAGAAGAUACUCCCAAGCGUCGGGGCAAGGGGAAAUCCAAGGGUAAAAGUGUGGGCAGUGCCCGUAAGAAGUUGGACGCAUCGGUCCUGGAGGAUCGGGACAAGCCCUAUGCCUGUGACAAUAGUUUCAAACAAAAGCAUACCUCGAAAGCGCCCCAGAGAGUUUGUGGAAAACGUUACAAGAACCGACCAGGCCUCAGUUACCACUAUGCCCACUCCCACUUGGCUGAGGAGGAGGGCGAGGACAAGGAGGACUCGCAGCCCCCCACCCCUGUUUCCCAGAGGUCGGAGGAGCAGAAAUCCAAGAAGGGUCCAGAUGGAUUGGCCCUGCCCAACAACUACUGUGAUUUCUGCCUGGGAGACUCAAAGAUCAACAAGAAGACAGGACAGCCUGAGGAGCUGGUGUCCUGUUCAGACUGCGGCCGCUCAGGGCAUCCAUCUUGCCUGCAGUUCACCCCUGUGAUGAUGGCGGCAGUGAAGACCUACCGUUGGCAGUGCAUCGAGUGCAAGUGCUGCAACAUCUGUGGCACCUCAGAGAACGACGACCAGCUGCUCUUUUGUGAUGACUGUGAUCGUGGUUACCAUAUGUACUGUCUCACCCCGUCGAUGUCUGAGCCUCCUGAAGGGAGUUGGAGCUGCCACUUGUGUCUGGACCUGUUGAAGGAGAAAGCUUCCAUCUAUCAGAACCAGAAUUCCUCUUGAUGUGGCCACCCCACCACCACCCCAGUCCCCCGAUACAUCUAUGGCUGUUUAUCUCCUUUCUUGUUUUUCAUACCCACCUUUUCCUUCCUCCUCUUUUACAAGUCCAGAGAACCUUGGGGUGGUUGCGCCAACCUGCCUUUGGCAGCAGCAAGCUGAGAUGGCAGCUCUGCCUGCCUCUGGCCCCGGGCCCUCAGGGAGAACCAAGCAGCACACUCCCGCAAGGUGCCCCUGUGGGCCAGCUUCUCACUGCUCUCCGUGAAGUGCAUUUACUCUGCUUGCCUUGGGCCCCGGCCCUGGGAUCACAGGGUUCAAACAGUCCCCUCUGAGAAAGAGUGGGGAGCAGCUCCGCCUCUCAGCUGCCUCCACUCUGGUUCCCAGGGUUUCCCCUUCCCCCAGAGAUGAGCCAGGCUGGGGAGUGGCUGGGAGUGAGCAACUCAGCAGGCUGAGGCCAGGCUUGUGGGGAACUUUCCAUGCCCUUCGUGCUGCUUUGCCUUGCCACCACCUUCCCCCAGAGUGGCUUCUGCAGUCCUCUGUUGCUGCUAUCUGGGAUCCUUUGCUGGAGCCAGGACGCUCUUGGUCACCCUCCUGGCCCCGUCCUGUCCCACUCCACCCCGCUUCAGGGGGUGUAGCCGCUUUACCCUGAUUCUUGUGCUUAACUGGCACAUGCUUACAGGCGGUCUCUAGUGACUCGAGCAUUCCCCACCCUUGGAAUUUCCUAUUUUCUGCCUCCCUUCCUUAUUCCCUUUAGUUUUGUGGGGAGAGGGGAAGCAUCAAGGGGCCAGGCCAGAAGCUUGGGGGCCACAGGGAGAUGUUGGAUAAUGUGCCUGUUUUUUAACUCGAUGAAAAAGCCUACCUCCAAAAUCCCCUUUUUGUUCUUCCUAGACCUGGGCAUUCAGCUCCUGCCCUUAACCGAAUUGGGAGCCUCUGCCUCCUGCCGUUUAUCCUGGCUCCUGGGUCACAGGGAAGCCCCGUAGACAUCCCUUUCUUCCCUUGCACGCUCAGCUAGCAGCUGGUAAGGUCUUCAACCCUGAUUCCUCGGUUUUUCUGCCUGGUGACACUAAACAUUAAGUAGUGGGGGGAUAGUCCAUUACCAGGACACCCUGAAGUGGCCUUUCCCUUGGCCAUGGGCAGGCCAUAUGAUUUGGAGUUGAGGUGUCAUUUAUCUUUCUUUGCUUUCUUAGUCCCUGUAUUCUAAAACAUUAGUACAAAUAAACAUUUUUACACAGAG